AGUAUAUCUUAAACAUGUUGUUGCGAGUGUUAAUCUUAAUUUGUUUAUUGCGCGCUAUGUCAGUGCCAUAUUUGUUUUAAUCAUUUAUUAUGUAUAUAAUUUUAGUUAUUUUUCAUAUACUACACGUGUGUGAUGCGGUUAACUAUAUAUAUCCGGUAGAAGUGGAGGCGAGUGUAAACGAUCGGUCGAGAAGAGUCAAUUCUACGCUGUAUAGGACUGUGAAAAAAUAUUACUGUGCCGCUAGAGAUGUUGAUGAUUCAUAUUUAUUAGUAUACGGGUCAAAAGGCUGGACCUUCGCACCACAGGAUGUCAACAUCACUCUAUCAUAUCCAACGACGGCCCAAUUUACGAGGGAUUUAUGGGAAGAAUUCAUCAUAAUCGGAUUCAAAGUGAAUCUGUACUUGGACGGGUCUGAAACCACCGGAUACAUUAGUGACGGCGGGCUUUAUAAUAAUUUCAUCUCCUUGACGUUUCUGUGCAGUAACAUAUCGACAUUGUCGUAUCAAUUCUGGCUGUAUGGGAUACCGAAGAGUGUUCACUCCACUACCCCGGUCAUAAAUAAUACUAACAAUAAAUUGACAAUAUGUUAAAUUAGAAUAUAUGAAUAAAUUAUUUUGUUUAUAAGUUGUAUUUUAGUGGCUAAAAGGACGUGUCGCUCGCCGUGGUUUUUUAAUUGUUUAAAAAAAAGAGUAAUUUAUAAAUUCGACGUAUUUUA